AAGGUAUACUUAGCGACUCAUCUCAGGCGUUGGAAGGAAGUUUCAGCUCUCAUGCGUGGCGUGGGAUGAGAUGAAUGCAUUCACAGCACUUGGGUCACUCGAAGCCAAAAGAACAAAGCUACCACGGCGGCCCCAAAACCAUCAAUUCACCCUCCACCCUCCACCCUAUGACUAAUCUCAACGCGUCCUAGACGCGUCCACGCCCUCUGUUUCCGCCAGAGGGGAUGCGUCAGCGGCUUCAGUAUAUAUACACAGCUCCACCACCGCAUCACGGUAUCGGAACCCCCGCCCUGGACAAGCUCAACCGCACUGCCGUUUCGACAUGGCGGCCCCCACGCGCAGGACUUACGGACAGCUUCGCCUCCCGAGCAGUCAGGCUGCUGCGAUGGCGGCGCAGUUGGCUUCUCCGCCGUCUUCACCUCCGCCUUCGUCUCCGCCUUCGUCUCCGCCUUCGUCGCCGAUACGUUUGGAGUCGGAUGAGGAACCGCCGAGUUCGCCGGAGUUGGAGCUGCUGCGGUCUGGGGAGAAGAGGAAGCGCGGGGAUGAGGACGAGGAGGAUGAUGAUGGCGAGUCCGAGUACGACGACUCCGGACCGAAGCGCAAGAGGGCCAGAGGAGAAACAGACGAUGAUGCGGAUGCGCUGCUGGCAUCGACCGCGACGACGCCCGUUCUGGAUAGCCACGAAGAGAGUCCGAGUACGACUUCUCCCCCUUCUUCGACUCCCUCCCGCUCUUGGACCUCUUCCUCAAGCCCUAAGAGCACCGGCCGGCGAUCGCAGGACAGCACCGUGCAAGACCUCACUCCCUUCAGCGGCCUUUCGUCCCUCCUGCUCCCGCCCACGACCGCAGACAUUGCUGAGGCUUUGCCGUAUCUCUCGAGCAUCGCCCCUCAUGGCACCCUCGAGACAUUCUUCCAAGCACCGCCCGAUUCCAAGUCGGAUACACGUCUAAGCCGACAAGGUCCGCGGAUCGACGACUACCGAAACCCAGAAGGGGCGCGCCGACGAAGUCGAAGCAGAAGCCCAAGCCUAGAACCUGACCGGCCUCGCACAUCUCGCGAGUACCGUGCCCGCGACGAAAAUGACACAGGAGGGUCAUUAGCUCGCAGGCCCAUGAAACUAAGCCCCUCAUCAACCUCAUCGCCGUCACCGCCACACGUAAAACCAGCGAGCGAGCUGAUACCGGCUAGCAUCGAAUCAGCGUGUCCCAUUCUCACGUAUAGUGGACGAACCACAGCAGCUGUCAGCGGCAUACGACUCGACGAGGUCUUCGAGGAGCCGCGUCGACCUCCACGGAAGGUUUCUUUCGCGCCGCAUCGAAAGCCAAUGCUUCGCCAACGCCGUUCCUUCCCCCGCGGCCUCUUGCAGCAAGCAUUGGGCUCAAGCCCAGAUCAGCAGCCCGUUUCGGCUGAAGAACCAGCCGAUGACUCAAUUCCCGUGGCACCGGCUCGAGUGCCGGCGCCCGAAGCGGACCGCGUCCUGGAUGACAGAUCUAGCCCAGAGGACACUACGCCUACAAUAGGAGUUGCCCAUCCCGGAACACCUUCCCUCUGGCUAUCCUUGACGCAGUUACUGAACAACGCGGAAUGCAACCCUCUGGAAACCCUCGAGGAGCAUAUAAAGCCGCUCCUGAAGAGCUUCGCGAAGAACGUAACGCAAGCUGAUCCCCCAGCAGGCCCGAGCCCGAACGACGACGGCAUGGCCAUGUGCAAUGCAUGCCAGCAUUACACUCCGGAGACUCGAGCCGAAUCGCUGGACUGCGGCCACACGUACUGUGGCGGGUGUAUUGUGAAGUCUCUCCUUAGCGUACUCGGAGGGAGCCACGGCGGCUCGCUACCCAGGUGUUGCGGACAACACAUGUCGCUCACGGCGGUCCGCGCUACGGUUAAGCUGACCUUGUUCGAACAUUGCGAGGACGUGGAUAAGCUCAUGGAUCUCCUCGAAUCUUGCUUCAAGCGCUGCGCACGCGAGAUGCUGGAGACACACUGCACUCGUUGUGUGGACUGCGAGGUCGGGGGAGAAAAAGCCGAUGGAGCCGACCAAGGGAACGCCCCGUCGUGUAGGUUCUUCCUCUGUGACGGAAAGGCAGGUCAGAUCAGCGGAAAGUGUGCUCCUGACGACAUCAUCUGUCCGCAUGACAAGACAGCCCAAGGCAUCCAAGAUUCCAGCAAGCCAGGCCCUAACGAAGACCAUAACCCCCAACCCAAUCUCCCUCCCAUCGACCCGGAUACAAUCCAAGCAGCAGACUCCCAUGCCUAUGGCGCAACAAACGUGGCGGAACCAGACCACACCCAGUCCACUACAAUCUCGCCCCACGAAUGCCCACACAGAGGCCACUGGACACGCACCGCGAACGGCACGCGGAACAAUUCCAAGGACGACAAGGAGCGCUGUGCAGACUGUCAGAAGGAGUACCUCUGGUAUUGUGAGUGCGAGCGGUGUGGGAUGUAUGGGGUUUGUGAGGCGUGCGCGGAGAGGAGGGAGGGAUAGGAUAGGAGUACAUAUGAGUGGGCUAAGGGUUAAGCUCUAUGCCGGAUGGGGUCUAGUCCUCAACCCUUCAAGAACCGCGACAGUCUAUCACGCUUCCAC